UUUUUCCUUUUAAUUGCACCAUAUUUGAAACUCAAAUCAUUCAAAAGAAUAAAGAUUAGGGUCUUGACUUUGAUUGUCAUUCAAGAAAGAUAUCUCACUUCCAUUUGUGAUCGUCUACUGGUCUUCACCUUUUUCUGUUGCUACGAAAACAUCUUUCUGCCAUGGCGGAUAAGGCGGAAUCUUCUGACAAAGGCGGCGCAAAACGAGAUUACAGUACUGCGAUUUUGGAACGGAAGAAGGCUCCCAAUCGAUUGGUUGUCGAUGAAGCUGUCAAUGAUGACAAUUCAGUUGUUUCUAUGCACCCUGACACCAUGGAAAAACUCCAGCUUUUCCGUGGUGAUACUGUUCUAAUUAAGGGAAAGAAAAGGAAAGACACCAUCUGUAUUGCCCUUGCCGAAGAGACAUGUGAAGAACCUAAGAUUAGGAUGAACAAAGUGGUCAGGUCUAAUUUGAGGGUGCGACUUGGUGAUGUGGUUUCCGUUCACCAAUGUCCUGAUGUCAAAUAUGGGAAGCGUGUUCAUAUUCUUCCUAUUGAUGAUACUAUUGAAGGUGUCACCGGAAAUUUGUUUGAUGCUUACCUCAAACCUUAUUUUCUUGAAGCCUAUCGGCCUGUGAAAAAAGGCGACUUUUUUCUUGUGAGAGGAGGAAUGAGAAGUGUUGAAUUUAAGGUUAUUGAGACCGAUCCAGCUGAAUAUUGUGUGGUUGCCCCUGAUACUGAGAUUUAUUGUGAGGGUGAACCUGUUAAACGAGAGGAUGAGAAUAGAUUAGAUGAGGUUGGCUAUGAUGACGUUGGUGGCGUUAGGAAACAGAUGGCUCAGAUUAGGGAGCUGGUUGAAUUGCCCUUGAGACACCCUCAGUUGUUCAAAUCUAUUGGUGUCAAGCCACCCAAGGGAAUUUUGCUCUAUGGACCUCCUGGGUCAGGUAAGACAUUGAUAGCCCGAGCUGUAGCAAAUGAAACUGGUGCAUUCUUCUUUUGUAUCAAUGGGCCAGAAAUCAUGUCAAAAUUGGCUGGGGAAAGUGAAAGCAAUCUCAGGAAGGCUUUUGAAGAAGCUGAGAAGAAUGCUCCAUCUAUCAUAUUUAUUGAUGAAAUAGAUUCGAUAGCUCCAAAGAGAGAAAAAACCAAUGGAGAGGUUGAAAGGCGUAUUGUUUCACAGCUCUUGACUCUUAUGGAUGGGCUUAAAUCUCGGGCCCAUGUUAUUGUUAUGGGCGCUACUAACCGUCCCAACAGCAUUGACCCUGCAUUGAGAAGGUUUGGUCGAUUUGACAGAGAAAUCGAUAUUGGUGUUCCAGAUGAAAUCGGGAGACUUGAAAUUAUCCGCAUUCACACAAAAAAUAUGAAGCUUUCUGAUGAUGUGGAUUUGGAGAGAAUUUCCAAGGAGACCCAUGGCUAUGUUGGUGCUGACCUUGCUGCCUUAUGUACAGAAGCUGCACUUCAGUGUAUUAGAGAGAAGAUGGAUGUAAUUGAUCUUGAAGAUGAGACUAUUGAUGCGGAGAUCCUUAAUUCUAUGGCUGUUACAAAUGAACACUUCCAGACUGCUCUUGGGCAGAGCAACCCAUCUGCUUUACGUGAAACGGUUGUGGAAGUUCCCAACGUCUCUUGGGAUGACAUUGGUGGCCUUGAAAAUGUCAAAAGGGAGCUUCAAGAGACUGUUCAAUAUCCUGUUGAGCAUCCGGAAAAAUUCGAAAAAUUUGGGAUGUCUCCUUCCAAGGGAGUUCUUUUCUAUGGGCCUCCUGGAUGUGGAAAGACGCUGUUGGCAAAGGCUAUUGCUAAUGAGUGUCAGGCUAACUUCAUCAGCGUGAAAGGACCAGAGUUGCUAACAAUGUGGUUUGGAGAGAGUGAGGCUAAUGUUCGAGAGAUUUUUGACAAGGCCCGUCAAUCAGCACCUUGUGUUCUAUUCUUUGACGAGCUUGAUUCAAUUGCAACUCAGAGGGGAAGUAGUGUAGGUGAUGCAGGUGGUGCCGCUGACAGAGUUUUGAACCAGCUUUUGACUGAAAUGGACGGCAUGUCUGCCAAGAAGACUGUUUUUAUCAUUGGAGCCACUAAUAGACCGGAUAUUAUUGACCCUGCUCUUCUAAGACCAGGUCGCCUUGAUCAACUUAUUUACAUUCCUCUUCCAGAUGAGGAGUCCCGGUAUUCCAUAUUUAAGGCUGCCUUGAGGAAGUCACCUAUUGCCAAAGAUGUUGAUCUUAGAGCACUUGCCAAGUAUACCCAGGGAUUUAGUGGCGCAGAUAUCACUGAAAUAUGUCAGCGUGCCUGCAAAUAUGCCAUUAGAGAAAACAUUGAGAAGGAUAUUGAAAAAGAGAAGAGAAGAAGUGAAAACCCAGAGGCCAUGGAGGAGGAUGUCGAGGAUGAUGUUGCUGAAAUCAAGGCAGCACAUUUCGAAGAAUCAAUGAAGUUUGCCCGAAGAAGUGUGAGUGAUGCUGAUAUUCGUAAGUAUCAGGCAUUUGCUCAGACCUUGCAGCAGUCUAGAGGGUUUGGUACCGAGUUUCGUUUCAAUACCUCUUCCGGGACUACGGGUACUGAUGCUUUUGCUGCUUCUGCUGGUGAAGCCGAUGAAGAUGACCUCUAUAACUAGGUUUUAUAUGGUUCACGUUUUGUCUGCUUUACCGAUGUACUUUUGAGGACUUGUAUGAUGAUGUUUUAUCUUUUGCAAGGAGAGUUUUACUUCGUAUUUCCGCCCUUGACCCUUAAAAGAUUUGAUCUUGCUACUAAUCUGAUGCAUCAUAGACUUGUUGAUAUUUAGAUGACAUAUUGCUAUUCACUUGUUUUUAUUGAGAUGACAUUGCUUUUCAAUUCCU